AUCGGACGCGGUGGCGGCGCCUGGAGAAGCUGGACGUGCACGCCAGGCCCAUGGUGCCGCUGUCGCCGAGGCCGCUGCUGUCGAGCCGCGAGGGUCGUCCGAGCGGUGACCCCGCCGUCGGCGUCGUCGUCGUACCCCACGCUGCCGUACAGGCCCUCACUCUCCCCUGCCCACCGCCGCCCACCCCAGGGUCUCCACUGCCAUCACCGUCCUUCCUGAGCAAUCAGACGUUUUCGAUGCUGACGCAGAAAUCAGAAGACUCGACCGGAUCACCUGAGAAAGAUUUACGAUAUCCAUAUCAGAGCCACGAAAGUCAACUUUGCAGGCCUCCGUCUGAUACGGAAAUCUACUCAAAGAUCUGGUAUGCCAGCAGGUUUGAUCGCAGGAAAGCCGAAGACAUUUUAAGAGCAUCAAACUUGGAUGGAGCAUUCAUGGUGCGGAGGAGCUCCGGGCAUCAGCAGAACCAGCCGUACACGCUGGUGGUGUACUUCAAAAGGACCGUGUUCAACAUCCAGAUCCGCUACGUGGAGGCCGAGCAGAAGUUCGCCCUCGGCAUGGAGAAGGCGGGCGAGGAGAAAUUCAACAGUGUGCCGGAGAUGAUCGAGCACUACGAGCUGAUGCCGCUCACGCUCAUCGGGAACCAGCAGGCCGUGCGAGGGAGCACCCGGCUCCUCUACCCGAUAUCCUCGUGACCACCACCAGAUCCCAAGCUCAAGAGCCACAGCACCGCUGCACCAUCGCCACCACAGUGGUCAUCCAUCCGCACCGGCGGAGUCUA